CCUGCUUUCUUCACCUUCCUAUUAACUGAACUCUGAAUUUUGAACCCAUAAAGUUGAAAUCUUGGGUUCCCCUCUAUCCUCAACUAUGAUGGCGAGUGGUGAUCCUCAUCAGCAUCAGCAGCACCAGCCACCGCCACAGCAACAAUUCCAGCAACAACACCCGCAACAACACCAGCAACAACACUUGCAACAAAACCAGCAGCAGCACCCUCCACAUUUUGGUGAGUUUCCAAGGGGUCCACAGCCUCCACCAGGUCCACCUCCCAUGAUGCGGCAGCCAUCCGCAUCCUCCAGUACUCUUAAUUCUCAGCCACCUGGACCUCCUCCUCAUCCUUCUUAUGAUGCUCAUGCUGAUAGUUUUGCUGCAAAGAGAAUGAGAAAGAUUGGUCAGAGAAGAGCAGUUGAUUACACUAGUACAGUUGUAAGAUAUAUGCAGGUUUCUUGA